AUGUUCCUGGACCGCAGCACUUUCAGCAGAGUGCACAUGCUGCUGCAGAGACUGAGGAAUCUGCUCACCCUGGCUCAGUGGGCAAGGAAGCAGCUCGGUUCAGCCCACCUCUGGCAUGGUGUGGGCGUCCCAUGUGUGGUCUGCAGGGAUACAUCUGGCUCCUCAGACGUCAGACGAGGCUGCUGGAACCGAGAGCACAGGGCCCUAAAGCAGCACAUCUGGCUAGGACAGCUGGUACAGUGGUGGGGCAUUAUGGGACUUCUACCCAAGUACGCUGAGGCUCAAGAGGUGAGGCGUAUCUCCCAAAUGUGGAAGGACAUGGCUCAAAGUCAACGGAAAGCUUGUCUCGAGACACCUGGACGGAAAGAGGGAGAAAUUGAAAGAUUUAGGUCAUUGAUACAGGGUAUAGUGACCCAGCUAGAGAGACAACAUGGAAGCAUUUGGGUUUCUGAAGACUUCACAGACCAGUGCUAUCCCCCUCCUAAUCUGCAGUCUCUGCUCAAGCUCGUGUUGGUGCCUCAUAUCGACAAGAUGUCAGUCCAAGCGCUUCUCAUGUACUUUGUCCUGGAUACAGCCAACUUCCUGCAGUGCAGAGACGACCUUCUCCAAUCUUUCUGCCACGCCUUCUCUAUUCCUUUCUGCUUUUCCCAACAAAUCAGGGCCUUCUGGAUGCUUGAUCAUGGACAAAUCAAGGCCUCCAUGGAGUUACUGCUGAGCCCCCGGGCUGCUGCUCCAUGUCUCACAUGGCAGCAUCGCUGCAUCAUCCGCUGUCUGCUGACCAGGAAGCAGCCUCAGCUGGCGUUAAAGUACCUUCACUGGACCAGGCCUGCAAUGGAGAGCGUCGAGGAUGUGAAGCUAUGUGCAGAUGUGCUACUUCAAAACAGUUGUGUCUCUGAAGCCUGGGCUCUGCUGAAGAGAGGCCACACAGAGAGCGAUGAGGUGGUCCUGUACUUCCUCCAGGCAUGUAAUGGAUUGGGUCUGUGUGCAGAAGCUUUACAGUGCAUCCCUGCAGGAUACAAUGGUGAGGGGGACAUUGUAAAUGGGACUACAGGGUUGCCACUGAUAAAGAAAGACAUGUCAGCAGAAAGGCCACCCUGCCCGCUGUCUGCCAAACUGUAUCAGGCUCAGAGCGUCAACACAGUCCUCCCAGAGGAACUAGUACGACUGCUCAGAAAGGCUGUGACGGAAGUGAGAACGCUACACCCCAAGAUAAGUGAGGUUGCGUCGCCGGAGCACAAUGAGAGAAAAUCGAACAGCAGAGAGAUGUUUCUGUCGACCCAGGCUCUCCGUCAUCUCACGCCCAGCCCCUCCCCACUGGACAUGUUAGAAGAAACAGUUCAGACAGCACAUACAGAUGAAGCAGAAGAGAAACAGCCUGCCUCUAAUGAAUGCAUUCAGCAGCCUGAACCACCAGAGAGCAUUUCUUCUUCUGAGGAUCUGAGCUCUGAGAACAUCUCCUCCUUCACCUCAGCAUGCUCACUGCCUCUGUUGAGGCGGGACGGUCCUUACAAGUACAGAAGUACAGUGACUCUGCAGAGGAUCUCCUCUCUCCUCACUGAUGGAGAGAACCCAAGCAGCGAAGAGGAGGAAGAAGAAGAAAGCACAACGUCUUUGCCACAUUGCCCUGAGAUGACAGCAGAUGGCGCCACAGACCCCAUUUUUCUGCUCUACCACAACUUGAAAAAAGACGUUGUGGUUCUAUCUUCCGAGGGGCAAGAGGAUAUUAAGACACAUGUUUUAUCCAGCGAGACCUCAGGACCUUCAAUGGAUGAGAACGUUCCUGUAAAAGAAAGGUUGUAUCUUCCUCCUGAGUUCCACAGCAAUGAGGUCAGCCAAUCAGGACCCUCGCUCUGUGAGUCUGCGGUGGAGGGUCACAGCUUCCUCUCACCUGACUAUGAGAAAAUGGCCGGCAGAGGAGAGGACAUAGUUCAUGGACCCCCAGAUGUCACUGAUCUGUGCAGCUCUGCGUUGUCACUCAACCAAGAGGACCAAUCAGACUGCAUGCCCUCACAGAUGUUCAAUUUUAGUGAAGCAGACAUAUCUGACUUUUUCAUGGAAAAGGAAGUUAAUCUGAAAACAUAUGAGCCUGACCAGCAAGAGGAAACAGCUGCAUACUUCAAUCAAGACCUCUCUUGGGCUCUGUCUGAAACCACUCAGGACCUUCUGACUGACCUUCACUCAGAGGAUCCAGCAGCCACAGGCUCAGGGGACUUCUCCCUCCUCACCCCUGUGUGCAGCUCAAUGUUCCCCUCACAGCUUCACUUCUCUGGUAGCUCUCUGACCCCCAGCAUAAUCUGCAACCUCAUAACCACCUCUGCUCCUUCUGACAACACCAAUGAGUGCUCCCUCCAAGCCCAAUUACAGAUGGAUGUCAAGAGCACCUCAGCCUGGCUUGAACAAUACAAAAUGGGCCUUUGCUUGAAAGAAGAUUUGGAAACACAUAGAGCCUCCACUAGCCUUCUACCUACUAAAGCACCAGGAGCGACUUUUACAUCAGAGGAUAAGAGGCCUUCUUUUGUUCUGGGCCAACCAUACUCCAACAGUCUGGUUAACUUCAUGGACUUCACUGCAAAAAAGAAAGGCGACUGCAGCGAUGGCAAACAGGCAGACAAAGAGGAGCCCGCGGGUUGGAGCAGUUUGGGGAAAGCUUCACAAGGUGCCAUAAGAAGUGGGAGAACGCUACGGAAAGGGAAACGAGUGAAGAGAGCGUGAAGACAUAAAACACAUCUAGUUUACACAUGAACUGAAUGGAAUAUAUUUGCUAAGUCUAUAACAUUUGUAUUGAUUCAGAUCAGAUUCACAUUGUAAUGUAAGGAUAAACUUGCACCAAAUGAACUGACUGAAACCGACAGGCUUGGUGAGCACCGCAUAGACUUUUCACCUUGAAGUGAUCCGUCUCCCCUUCCUCAUCAAUCAGCGGGUCAGUAUAAUCUGACGGCUGUUGCUUCUGCUUCUAUCAGCAACCUUUCCCACCCGCUGAUAUUGUCCUGCCACACCCUUUUCCCUCCACGGUGAAACCUCGUGUCAGAAACACUCAUUAAUGGAUUUCUCAGGAAUUAUUGAUAAACACAAACUAUUAAAUAUUUAACUCAUUAAAACUCCAAUAAAAAAGAA